AUGGUAUUAAAAAAGAGAAAUAUAAAUAGUAAAAAUACGCAAUUAAAAGCUUGUUAUAAUAAAGAUUAUGUUGAAGUUCCAACAAUAUUAAAUGCAUAUAAUGAAGCUAAUAAAAACAUGGGAAAAUGUGUAAAUAAUCACAGAAAAAAAAAAUUAUCAGAGUUAUUAAAAGUAUUAAAUAUAAAAAACUCUAAUAAGCCAAAUUAUAUUGAGUUUAAUGAAAAAGUAACAAAUUCAAAAAAAAAAUUAAAAAAAAAAAUAAUUAGUGAUAGCAGUUUCAGUGAAGAUAAUACUUUAAAAAAGGAAAAUUUCGUAGAAAAAAUGAAUUAUGAAAAUGAUUUUUAUAAUGAUAAAAAUAUACUUUUAUCUAAUGAUGCACAAGAUGACUUUAUUGAAGUAAACAAGGUUAAUAAUGCAACUAUUACAGAUAAAAAAAAUAAUGAUUUACAAACUAACGAACAUUUAUGUUCAAAAAAAUAUUUAAAUAAAGAUUUUGUAAAUGAAAAUAGUAGCACAGAAAUAUAUAAUGAAAAAGAAAGUAAUUUAUUAUUCAAUUUUAUUUCAAGUAAUACUAAAAAUGAUAUAACAGACAUUAAUUUGUGUAAGAGCAGUAUUGACAUAAAUGAUACAGGAAUAGAUAAAUGUAAUGAAAAUUAUUCAAACAGAAAUAGUUUUGAUAAAAAUCAUUUAAACAAAAAUAGUUAUAAAAAGGAUUCAAAUGCAAAUAUUUUUAGUGAAAAUGAGUCAAAUAAAAGUGAUCCAUAUUUUAGCUUUAAUGGGAAAAUGAAAAAAAAAAAAAAAAUAAUAUCAAGUAAUGAAGAUUCUAAUUCUGUUUCUGAUUAUCCAAAUUUAUAUGAAAGUUCACAUGGGACAGAUUUGUCUUAUGAUGAUAUGGGUGAAAAAAAAAAAAGAAUUGAUGAAUAUGCAUUACACUUAAAAAUAUUUAAUGAACAAAAUUUAGAUAACGAUUAUUUUAACUUUAAUUCCUUAAGUAUAAAAAAAUCUAUUAGAUUAUAUAUUGAAUUUAUUGCUUUAUCUCUAUUAUCCCCUAACUUUAAAUAUAAUAUAAAUUAUUUUAAGGUUUCUGAAAAUACUAAAAAAAUAGCAGACUUAUUAAAAUUAAAUUAUUCAAAUAUUCACAAGGAAUUUGAAAAAAAAAAGUUUCUCGAUGAAUAUUAUGACAAAUCAAAUAGUUCAAUAGAAAAUCUAAAAAAGAUUAAAAAAAAAAAAAAGAAUUUAAAAAAAUUGUUUGAAUAUGAUUCUGAUAGUGAAAAAAAUAAAGAAGAGACAUAUAAUCGAAAUUAUUCUAGUAAUUUUAUAAUUAAGAGUAAUAAAAUGAACAAAAAAAAAAAAAAGUAUAUCUUAAGUGACAGUAGUUUUUUAUCUGAUAAAGAAAUUAACAAAAAAAAUGAAAGCUAUGCAAAUAUAAGUAAUACCGAGAAAUUUGUAAAAGAAAGUCACAAUGGAAAAUUUGAAGUUAAUAAAUCAGAAAUAAAUGAAAAUGAAAAAGGAGAACAAAAAGAAGAAAAGGAACAACGAAGACAGGAGGAAGAAUACUAUUAUGACGAUGAAAAUAACGAUGAAUAUGAUGAUGAAAGUGAUUAUGAGGAUGAAGAUAAUGAUGAAUAUGAAGAAUGUGAAUCUGAUAUAUUUGGAAGCUCUAAAGAAGAAAAAGAGUAUGCAUUCAAUUAUAGUGAGAGCUUUAAAAAAAAAAUAAUGAAAGAUAUUAAUGAUAGUUUUAUGUAUAAGAUUUUAAAUGAUGAUAUGUUAAAAAUUUAUGAGUUCUUAAAGAAAGAAGAAAAUUUUAGUAAUUAUGAUUUUUUAAAGAUGAUAUGUAAAAUAAGUAAAAAUAAAUCAGAAAAUUAUUAUGAUCGUUGUAUACAAAAAAUUGAAAAUAAAAUUUUAUCAAAAAGGGAUCAGUUCGAGUCUCAUCCUUUUCAAAUUAGUUUCAAAAAUAUUUUAAAAAAUUAUGCAAAUAUAUUUAUAUUUUAUUUAGAAUAUAAUAAAAUAUGUUGUUCCUGUUGUAGCAGAAAGCUAAAUUAUGCUUGUCCGGUUUUUUUUAUUAAACCUUUUUAUAACUCAACUGAUUUGUGGAAUAAUUGUUUUUUUAAUUUUAUGAGAGUAAAUAAGUUUGAAUGGUUAGGGAAAUUAUACUUCAACAACUUCUCGAAUCCAAUGGAUAUAUUAAAAAAUGAAAAAAAUGAUGAAUUAAAAAUGAAGAAAAUUAAAGAUUCAAACAAAUUGUUUGUAAAAAAUCAAAAUGAAAAAGGAAGAAAAAGUUUUUUACAAAUUAUUAAUUCUAAUUGUGACAACACCGCAGUUUUACGCAAUGAAAAAUAUAUUCUUAAUCAUUUAAAAGAAUAUGAAGAAUUUAACGCACACAGAUAUAUUAAUAGGAUAGAAGAAAGACGUUUAAAAAGAAAAAGAAGAAAUCUGAAUUAUAAUUAUAAUUUUUAUUUUAAAGGUGAGUGUGAAGAAAAUAGUAUAAAUUUAGUCAUGAAGGAUAUUUGUGAACAUUUUUGUGAUUUAUCAGAAAAUUAUAUUGAAAAGGAUAUUUUAGUUUUACAAUUGGGUUCUUACUGUGUAUCUACUGUAUACUACUGGCAUGUAUUUCACCAUUAUAAGUUUUUUUUUACUAAAAUUAUUUAUAUCAGAUUAUUAGAUUUAUAUAAGAAAAAUAGGGAUUUAUUUAAAGAACCACUAUUAUUAGCUUAUGUACUAUCUAAAAAAUUGCAUAAGAAAUUAUAUCAAGAUUUUAAAAUUCUUAUGAAUAUAGACAUUUCACAAAUUAAAAAUAAAUUAAAUGAAUGUGAUUUAUUCAUAAAAUAA